UACUCCAAUAAUUCCACCUUUUCUGAUGGGACCCAAAACCAUGUUCUUUUCACACAUUCGCACACUAACUUUGCUUUCAAAUCCCUUCCCCCUCUCAAAAUCUCUCUCAUCAAAUCUAGUUCUUUUCGCUUAAUUUUCUUGUUUACUUUUGGCAUUUUCAAAGCCAUGAAUUUCAUCAUCUAAUCCGUUUCGCACCCCUCCAAUUUAUAUUCCCAUUUGCAGUGAGCGUAACGCAAGAACGCAAUUCCUCUCCCUCCGUCCCUUCCCCUUCUCUCUCUUCUACUUCACUCCCUCUCUCUCUCUCUCUCUCUCUCUAAAACUCCCCACUUUUUGUCUUCCAUGAUGAGGCUGUUAUAAACAGAACUCGUUCCCUUUUUCUCAAAAAGAAAAGUUUGUUGAUGAUAUUUUGAUUAGUGAAUGAUUAUUGUUAUUCGUAUACGAAUUUAGAAGGUGUGUUUUAUUUGGGGAGGGAUGGGAUCGUGUGUUUCGGUGCACAAGGACUCGGAUUCCCUCACGAAGCUCCGUUUCUCAAUCGGAUCGAGAAAUGAGAAGCUUCUGAUCCCAUCGCCGGUCAAAGAGAAGCCCGUUACGGUCAACGCUGGGGAUCGCACGGCUGCCGACGUAGCUGUCAGCUCACCCGCCUGUUAUACUAGCGUAGGUAGCAAAGACGAAGCCUUCUUCGACUCCCAACCAUGGUUAGAAUCGGAUUGUGAAGAUGACUUCGUUAGUGUUAACGGUGAUUUCUCAUCGUCACGUGGUAAUACUCCGGUCCACGUGGACUCCUCGUUGGGGAAGCCAUUGAUAAAUAAGUUUGGGUUGGAAGAAGCCAAUGGUGAAGCACCUUCUCCUCUAGAUAAGAAGAAGAGGCUUUCGGAAUUCUUCAAAGAGAGCCUACGCGAUAAUGAAUAUGAUGACGAGGAAGGAAAAUCUGCUCCGACGUCCACAACCCUGGCCCAACAACUCAUGUCCACUAGUGCCACUCCUGACUUCUCUCGAGCUAACUCCGGGGGGAGUAGUGAAGGGGCUACUCCCAACGGAGUGCCGAGGGAAGAAGAUGAGUCAUUGAGGUCUCCACAAUGUUGCCUUCCCAAGUUGCUCUCAACUCGAAACUUGAAUGACUCGAGAAAGAGGAGAAGCCCUGCUCGUAAUGCUGGUUGAUGUUGAGACAUUAAAUCAUCUUAUUUUCUGGUGUUGAUAAAGCAUGAAAUAUAUAUCUGGAAACUUGUGUUCUAUGCACAAGUGACUAGUAAGAAUCUUGUCGGAUAUAUAUAUAAAUCCCAAUUGGUUGAACUUUAA